AUUAGUCAUGAUAUGUCACCAUCCAUACGUGAUCGAUACAGCGAGGCUACGAGCUUUUCUGUAUCUCGAUCGCGUAUUAAAAGGCUGUUGAAGCAUCGAGGAGCAGAAUGAGACCAAACUCCAACAUCCCGCUCUUUUGCAACGCCUCCGCAUCUCGCCCUCAAUAUGGCCAACCGGUUCAUUGCCCUUCCCAAGAGCGGGAUCAAUCUGUUUUACCGCGAAUGGGGAUCAAGCAACGCCCCCGUUAUGGUUCUUUUGCAUGGAUUCCCUUCAUCAUCACAUCAAUACCGCAAGCUCGCCCCUCUGUUGACAACGAAAUACCGGGUCAUCGCUCCCGAUCUCCCAGGAUUCGGCUUCACCGAAGUCCCCGCCGGCGCAAAGUACACUUUCAGCCUGCUUGCCGAUACCGUGGCAGAGUGGCUCGACGCCCUCAAAAUUCCGAAGUUCACCGUCUACGUCUUUGACUACGGUGCGCCAACUGCCUUUCGCCUCGCCCUGCAGCGGCCACAGGCGAUUGAGGCCAUCAUUACGCAGAACGGCAAUGCUUACGAGGAGGGACUGGGAGGCGUUUGGGCACCACUGCAAGAGUUUUGGGCGAGCCCCAACGGCCCUGAAGAUCGCCAGAAGAUCAAAGGCGGCUUCCUCAAUGCGGAUAUAACCAAAUUUCAGUACGUUAACGGCACCCCCGACCCGAGCACCAUCGGCCCAGAAUCGUACACGCUCGACCAGGCCCUGAUGGAACGUUCCGGCAAUAAGGAGAUCCAGUGCGAUCUAUUCUUGGAUUAUGCGACCAACAUCCCGCUGUACGCCAAGUUCCAGGAGUACUUUCGGACCUCGCAAGUUCCAUUACUUGCUGUAUGGGGAAAGAAUGAUAUCUUUUUCAUCCCGCCCGGCGCCGAGGCGUUUAAGCAGCACUUGCCCAAGGCGGUUGUGAAGCUGAUUGAUGCUGGUCACUUUGCAGCCGAGACUCAUCCGGAGGAGAUUGCAAGGGAGAUUUUGCAGUUCUUGGGAUAGUGUGGAGACAGCUGAGCUGGGGUCGGAAAAGGCGCGGUGAUGGCGUUAGAUUGGCCGGUCAGUGACAGAUCGUCUAAUGAAUGUGAUGAGUUUCAUGUGUGCUGCACGUCGUCCAAGGUUCAGACCGCAGAACCGACAGCCUGUUGAGGCCAGUAACGUCCGAAUGUGAACGCCUCUGUC